AACGUGAAAGCGCACCUUUUACAGUAACGGCGUCGGUUUGGGCGAGAGCACGACGAAGAUGGGCACAAGAAUGCCAUUGUUUUAACUCAUAUUACCCCAUAGUUAGUUUUAUACAACAUGUUUGCGCGUAAUACUGAGUAAUGAGCGAGUGGAGGCUCUCAGGAGACCGUUAAUGUUUGUCCUCGUCUGAAGUUGAUCACUGAAGUUGAAGUAAGGUUAGCUUAGCUAGCAUCUCUCUGCUCCGCUCAAUCCUGAGGAAAAUAUGGUGUCCUGGAUUAUAUCAAGAUCUGUCGUGCUGGUUUUUGGUAACCUGUACCCAGCGUAUUACUCCUACAAAGCAGUGAAAACCAAAAAUGUCAAAGAAUAUGUGCGAUGGAUGAUGUACUGGAUUGUUUUUGCCCUGUUUACAGUAGUGGAGACUGUCACAGAUCUAACCAUAGCCUGGUUUCCCCUCUAUUACGAGAUCAAGGUUGCGUUUGUGAUCUGGCUUCUGUCUCCCUACACGAGAGGAGCUAGUGUCAUCUACAGAAAAGCUCUUCAUCCUUUGCUGUCCUCCAAAGAAAGGGAAAUCGAUGACUACAUUAUCCAGGCCAAAGAGCGAAGCUAUGAGUCUAUGGUGAACUUUGGCAAGCAGGGCCUGACCAUCGCUGCAACUGCUGCUGUUUCUGCUGCUGUCAAGGGUCAAGGUGCCAUCACAGAGAAGCUAAGGAGCUUCAGCAUGCACGACCUUACCCAGAUCCCUCAUGACGAUGCAUAUUCAUCAUACAGCUCUAACCCAGCCAGAAGAGCUAUCAUGGACCAGCCCGACGGAGCUGAGUAUUAUCAUGGUGAUGAUGAUGACAGGAGUGAUGACGAGGGUAAAGCUGUGUACUCUGAAGAUGAAGCUGUAUCUCAUCAUGGGCUCCGACGAUCUCAGAGCGUUAAAAUCACCCGCUCAAAACUGCGCAGAGAUGCGGCACGGUAUGGAUCUCUGAAGAUCAGAGGGAAGAAAAGACCAGCAGUCAAUACCACUAACUCCAACAUGGAGAACUGAGCUGACUACUGAUGUGUGGGAAGAUGUGGCCACUUUAUCAGACAACCAGUGUGUUCAUAUUCUUCUCUUUCCAUAAGGGGUGUGGACUUUUUUUUCAUGGAUAUACCAGCGCAUCUAUUUAUUACUUCUACCAGCAAGUGUGUACAUACAGUGAGUAUCAUGAGUUAGAGUAGUAUAUGAAACGUGUGGGGUUUGAAUGAUGGGUGUAUUUGUAACGGAUGGCUUUAUUGGUCUGAAUUUGACAUUUAGAUGUCUUUAGCUCCAGUAUUUUGUAUUUAGAAAUGUCCUCUUUGGAUGGGGGUUUUAUAUUUCUGCUUUCAGACCUUUGCUGCCUUUUAGAUGAUGUUUUGAGUAGUUUUUACAAUUGUAGGUUAGGUAAAAAUACAGAUUCUUAAAAACUUGAAAAUUAUUUGCCAGCAUCAGACCAAAAGUUUCUCUUAUCAGUAAUAGAGAUAAUACCAAAGAGAACAAAAAGGCAGUGUUGCUAAAUGUUUUUAAUACAAUUUUCAAAUGUAAAAAAAAAAAAAUCAGCUGUUGUUUUCUUUAUUAUUGAUGUUAUGUUGGAUUAAAGAAAACCCCUUUUGCACAUUC